CACACACACGCACACGUGCUCACACACACACACGCUCACACACACCACUCGGGAGGACAGCUCGGCUGGCGCUCUCCGUGUCUCUGCAGCGGUGGGAGGAAGCGGAUCUCGGGGCUGCGUUCGCGUGCUCCUGUCCCUCUGAUGGGGACAGCGGCGUCUGGCUGCACCCGGCGCGCUCGGCCCAGACAUGGGCGGCUGUCACAGCUACAUCAGCAGCGGCAGCAGGGAGGGGGACACCGCCUCCAAGGCUGAGGAAUUCUCUGACAUCACCGGACACAACCUGAAGAAUAACAACACGCAAGCGGCCCCGUCCCUGGAGGAGAAGCCGUACCUGAUGCAGGACUACGUGUCCGAGCGCAUCGCUGACAUCGAUGUUAAGACCCUGUCUGUGUUGCCGGAUGGCUUCGAUAAGGCCGAGUGGAUGGCCAGCCACACCAUCACUUUUUUCAAGCACAUCAACAUGUUGUCCAGCGCCCUGUCUGACUUCUGCACCACCAGGACCUGCCCCACCACCACCGGCCCUGGUGAUAUGACGUACUAUUGGACCGAUGAGCACGGGAAAAAGCUGAAGUGCUCGGCCCCGCUGUACACAGACUACACCAUGUCCUACAUCCAGGAGCUGCUGACAGACGAGGAGGUGUUCCCCACACACACAGGCUCCUCCUUUCCGAAUGGAUUCGUGUUCCUGGUGCAGAGGAUCUUCCUGUACCUGUUCCAUGCGCUGGCGCACCUGUACUGGGCGCACUUCCGGGACGUGGUGCGCAUGGAGAUGCACCCGCACCUCAACACGGUCUUCGCUCACCUUGUCACCUUCGGCCGGGAGUUCCAGCUGCUGGAGCCAGCUGAGACCGCGCCCAUGGAGGACCUCAUAUCCACCCUCUGCCUCCACCACACCUCCUGAUCUCCUCCCUCUGCCUGCACCACACCUCCUGAUCUCCACCCUCUGCCUCCACCACACCUCCUGAUCUCCACCCUCUGCCUGCACCACACCUCCUGAUCUCCUCCGUCUGCCUCCACCACACCUCCUGAUCUCCACCCUCUGCCUGCACCACACCUCCUGAUCUCCUCCGUCUGCCUGCACCACACCUCCUGAUCUCCUCCGUCUGCCUGCACCACACCUCCUGAUCUCCUCCCUCUGCCAGCAGAACAGAUUCCGCCCCCCAAGCCCAACAGAAAAGGCCAGACUGCUAAAAACACGAUCAGCAGGUUUCUUCCUGCAGCUGGAGGUGAGGGUGCAGUGAUGCAUGGUCUCCAUGGCUUCACCAUGCUUUCUCUCUCCUGUGGGAAUCGUCACCCUGGAGGAGUUAAAGCUGUCCACCGAUGACUGCUGAGAUCAUGAAGGGAGAAGUUUGUUUUUUGGGGAGGGUCACAGCAGAGCCUGAGGAGUAUCAACCCCCUACAGAACUGAUAAUGUCAGAAACAGGAUGGAAAGGGUUGCACUGCAGCAUCAACACCAUAUUUUAUAAACACUGAUUAUAUUGAAUGUGACUGUUUUACAUACUCACUUGUACAUAUUCUAACAUUUUCACUUCAUGUACCUGACUAAAAUGACAUAUUAUGGUAUUCCACUGAUGAAAUACAGUGAUUAUGGGGUAUAUUCAUGAAGAGGGUGAUGAACUGAAAGGAUACAUUAGCUGGCUGGUUCAUAUUAAAUGUAGGUAGAACUCAAAACUGUAUAACCUUCAACAGCCACUGGAGACUAUUUCCAACUUAUGUGUCCCUAUGGUCUUUGCACUAUGGAAAUCGAGAAACAUUUCAUAUUUGUAGGAGGGCAGCAACACAAGAUUGAAGAUCGUUUUUAUUUCAUUCAAUCAAGGAGGAUAUUUUGAUUUAUAACGUCAUGUUAUGCGUGUUAAGAAAAUGUUUUAUAUGUUUAGCUGGCAUUUCCAAUGCUGUAUUAAUCCCUGCAAUAUUGCUGAUACCAGAAACACACUGAAGUAUUCCCACCCUGUACCAUUUGUCAUACUGAGUUUCUCUGCGUCCACAUCGUAAACAUGCUGUCAGGGUAACUGGCAGGAUGGAUACAGAGAGACCAAGCAGUCUUGUCACCUGCUUCCAGUCCUCUAAGAGUACUGUAUGAAGCAGACUGCAGAGGUACUGUACUAACCAUACUCCCCAUGCUCUGCAUUGGGUGAAAGUAACAGGUUGCUCCUGGCCACUUGGUCAUCUGCCC